AUGCAGAUUCACAUCCUUGUAGACCUCUCGGGGCACACAGGAGGGACGCGAUUGAGCGCCCUGAGCCUCAGGCCCACCCCCGUCAUCAUCUCCUUCUUAGGCUACGGGAGCACGACAGGGGCGUCGUUUGUCGACUACUUCCUGUCAGACCACAAGGCCUCCCCCCCCGAGAUGAGCUACGCGCACUCGGAGACUUUUGCGUACCUGCCCGUGACUUACUAUCCCUUCAACACGCGGCAGGCGAUCGACUCCACGCCCUCGUACGAGGACGUGGGAAUCGCAAGAGGCCAGACGUCCUUCAUCUUUGCGUGCUUUAACAGGAACCUCAAGAUCAAGCCGGAUGUUUUCGAGGUCUGGAUGAAGGUGCUCAAGGCUGUUCCUCGGAGUGUUUUAUGGCUCCGACGCUUUCACAUUCGGGUGCAAGAGAAUCUCCUAAGGCAUGCCGAAAGGCUGGGGGUGUCUAAUGCGUCGAUCAUCUUCGCUGGACGGAUUCCCGAUCGCUCGAAGCAUCUUGCAAGGCACAGGCUAGCGGACUUGUUCCUUGACACCCCAAGGUUCGGUGGGCACUCGACCCUAGCAGAUGUCUUCUGGGCCGGGGUUCCAUCGCUGGUCAUCCCAGGGGAGGGAGCGAGUUCGAGGAUCGGCGCUUCCAUGGCGUCCGCUCUCAAUGGCUCCGUCUUUAUCGCUAGGGAUCUCCACGACUAUCAACAGCUGGCCAUUCAGCUGGCCAGUCAGGUGGAGUCUGUGCUCGAGGAGGGUGCCGAGCGCUGA